AUGGACCAGGCCAAACUCGGAGCAGAAGCGCUCAGCGCAGGCAACUACGCCGAAGCCAUCAAACAAUACACAGCCGCCCUUGCAGUCUCACCAACAUCACCCGACUACCUCAUCAAACGCUCCACCGCAUACCAGAGAAGCAAUCCUGCAGACUACGAGUCUGCUCUCGCCGACGCUAACAAGGCCGUCCUCAACGCACAAAAGAGAGGAAAGCGCGAACUCAUCCUCCAAGGCCAGCUCAGACGCGCCAUAGCACUGUUCGGUCUUGAACGCUACUCGGACACUCGCUUUUGCCUAGACAUUGUCAAGCGUAUGGAUCCGAAAGAGAAGACUCUGCCUAUCUGGGAGAACAAAGUCGCAACCAAGAUGGCUGCUAUGGAUGGUGCACAGGAUGUGACCGUUAAAGAGACACCCGACGAGGAGGAGACGCCAGUCACAAGUCAAACCAACAAGGCAGACUUGGCACCAGCAACUACCGCCGCCACGACUUCCACACAGCCCGCUGCAGUCGCUCAAACACCCGCAGACAAGAUUCGUUACGACUGGUAUCAGAACAAUGACAAAGUCUACUUUACCCUGCUAGCAAAGGGCGUUCCCAAGGACAAGGCCACCAUCGACAUACAAACACGUUCUCUCACAAUCUCCUUCCCUCUCCAAACAUCCUCCGACUACGACUUCUCACUCGAGCCCCUCUACGCCGACAUCGACCCCUCAGCAUCAACAUUCUCAAUCAUGUCCACCAAAGUCGAAGUCGUUCUGAAAAAAAGCNNCCAGCCCGGUCAAAAAUGGCCCGCCCUUGAGUCCAGCGAACCUGCCGAUCAGAAAACAACCACAACCACAUCCGUGACAACCACACCUGCCCAACCUUCGAACAGUACACAAAAAGCCCCAUCCUACCCAACUUCCUCUCGCAGCGGGCCUAAAGACUGGGACAAACUCGCCUCAGAAGCUCUGGCCAAGCCCAAGACUUCCGAUUCCAAACCUGGAGCCAAGACUGAAGAGGAAGAAGAUGAUGAAGGCGGCGACCCAGUCAACGGCUUCUUCAANAAACUCUACGCAGGAGCUGACGCAGAUACCCGUCGUGCGAUGAUGAAGUCGUUCAGUGAAAGCAACGGCACCGCUCUGAGUACUAACUGGGAGGAAGUCAAGAAGGGCAAAGUCGAGACGAGUCCUCCUGACGGCCUGGAAGCUAAGAAAUGGUGA